AUGCUGGAAGACCGCCAUACUACACAACAUGAGCUCAUCUUGAGCCCCGCUCCAUCAGACGAUCCUGAUGGCCCUUUAGCUCGAAAAGCAGUCAACUAUGGACUCACCUUUACUUUUGUCCUCUUUACAUUUGUGCUUGUUGAUGUCAAAAGUCUCGCGUACAAAGGGUAUAUCAAGGAGCUUGACCUGACCUACACGACGUUCAACUUGGCUAGUGCAUCCAAUUUUCUCGGAUUCGCGAUAUGGUGGCUUCUCUUGAUCCCAUGCGUACACAAGUUCGGUCGUUGCCCAAUAUACUUCAUGAGCGCAGUGGUACAAGUUGUCUAUGCCGCCUGGUGGGCGAACUUCUACCACGCCGGAGAGCUGAUCGCAGUGAGCCUGCUAUCUGGUCUUGCCAUAUCAAUAAGCGAAGCUGUCAUGAUGAACCCUAUUAUAGAUCUGUUCUUUAUCCACCAAGAUGCUCGCAUGAAUGAAGGGCCCAUCGCUGCAGGUUAUGUCGUGGUGGACCAGGGAUGGAGGUGGAUGUGGUGGAUAGUGACCAUUCUACUAGGCGUGAACUUCAUUCUCGUGCUUUUCUUCUUCGAGGCAUCAAAGUACAUCCCAGCACUAGAUGGGCGGCCACAACUUCCCCGGAGGUCUAUUCGUCAGCGUCUUGCGUUUGUAAAUACGGAUAUCCCUCUCUUCCAACACUUCUACCAGCCGGUCAUCGCUCUCUUUUUCUUUCCUGCGGUGGCGUAUACCGCAGUUACUUAUAGAACCGCCCUAGCCUUUUUCUCUGCGAGUUGUUCAGCAGGGUCGUACUUCCUCAUCUACCUGCCCUACAAUUUCAAUGCUUCAGCAAUUGGCCUAUUCCAUCUUGGUGGAUUCAAGGGCUUCCCGGCCGCUCUUCUCAACUAUGACAGCAUGUUGAUCUACGGAAUUGAGUUUCGGAGGGUAAAUUUUUCAAUCUCGUACAUCCUUGCUGACGCACUGAUUGCCGUUGUCUUCCUUCGUAAUGGUUUUGCAGCCAUCAUCAGGUUCGCCUUCACAGAUUGGCUUGCAGGAAUGGGCAUCGAGAAUACAUUAAUCCUGAUUUCUAUGACCGCACUCGCUUCCAUCGCACUACCAAUCUUCUAA